CUUGAGAAAGAGGGAGAAAAUGGAGCAACCAUCUUCUCCAGGAACAAACCCAGUUGAGAUGAAAGAAUGCCUGGAAGAACUUGUGAAGUUCACUUUGGAGUCUUACAUUAACCAAACCCUUCAGCUUGAUCUUGCUCUCUCCAAAGACUUCUGCUCCUUUCUCCUUCAACAUGUUCCACUCACUUCUGAUUCUUGCGAUAAAGGAUCCCAGUAUCCUUUAUACAAACACCUGGCAUUAGCUUUAUACGAAUCGGUAACUUGUGCUGCAGCAUCGCGUGGGGCGUGUAGUGGUAUUGAGGACAGUGACCUGAAGAAGAGAGAAGAGUGGAAUGAAUUGGUUCUCAAAGAAGGAUCUGAAUUAGUAGAGCUUUUGAAGACCAUAAACUUCGAACUUCAUGUUCAAGAACCUUAUUUUACCCAAUUGAAAGAUGGCUUGAAAACUGUGGAAGGAAGGUGUGCCGUUGGUGACUACAAUAGAAUUGGUCCUGGAGCUUUGAUUCUUUUUAAUAAAUGUUUGGUGCUUGAGGUUCAGGACGUUAACCAGUACAGGUCAUUUUAUGAGAUGUUUCAAGCACAGAGUCUUGCGAAAGUCCUUCCCAGCGUAAAAAGCACUAAUGAAGGUAUUCAAGUGUACAGGAAGUUUUACACAGAAGAGAAGGAAAAGUCCAAUGGUGUCCUUGCUAUUUGUGUUGCAAAAUGGCCUGUCCAGCCCUUCUUUCAUAUGGCUAGAAUUCUCUCUGGAUUGAGUUAUGAGGGUCUUCAAAGCCUUCUAAGUCUCUAUGAUCGCACUUCAAAGGUUGCAGAUUCAUUGCUUCAAGCAAGACUUAGAUCUGAGCCAACUGUGACAAUGAUGUGAUAAUUUGUUUGUUUUCUUUCUGUAUUUGCAUACAUAGCCUUUGUCAAGAAAUUCUGUCAUAUUCAAUUGCAAAUUUGAGACUUUAACAUUUUUAACACAAAAUAGAGAAAUUCAUUCUUUGUUAGUUUUA